AUGUCAUCUGAAAAGUUCUUCAAUAGUACAUAUACCCAUAGGACAGUGACGAUUGUUGCUCCCCUGGACUUUUCUUUUCCAAACACAGGGCCAUCCCCAUGUGCUGCUGCAACAACUGCAGCAAGCGUGGUCACUGUAUACAAAACAGCUGCAUCUUCUCCAUCUCCAUCUCCAUCUCCAUCUCCGGUACCAAACACCCAGUCAAAUGCGCGCAUCGUCGCUCCUGCUGUGGCCGUCCCCGUCACUGUCGUUACUUUAGUUAUCCUCGCAAUCACCAUUACAAUUCGCCGCCGUAAAAGAAGAAAAACGAAGAGCGCAGCAGCAGUCGAGCCUCCGUUGAAGCCAGAACUCCACGCCGACGACUUCGGGCCUGAACUUGAUGCCACGACUGCGCCAAGCGCAAAAGGUGCUGCGAUAUUACCAUUCUCGGAUCAUCAAGGGCCACCGGAUAUUGCAGAAUUGCCUGCGAGAGAGAUACCGGCUAGCGAGAUGGAUGCGGGACCGCAACAGAUACAUUCAACUUGA